GCUAAGAACUGUUAAGGAGACAGGACCCCGUUUUCAUGUUGUAUGGAAACAAACACCUCCCGUUUUAGGGCGAUACGUAUGCGUUGAAAUAUUGUACAAUAUAAAGCUAAGUUUACAAUUCUUCGUGCGUCCUUACUUAUUCUUUGUUCCUGUGUUUCGGCCUGCAAGCUGACUGUCGCGUGCCUGAUCUAAUGUCUAGUGCUUGUCUGAGGUGGGCCCUGAGCCAUGCAUCUAGAGGUGUCUGUGGUGGAACCCUCAACUCAUGGAGAACAGCCUCUGGGGCUGGGCUCCUAUCAUACAAUGGGAGAUGUGUGAGUGCAUCGUUGUCUUGGGGAUGGUGUCCACUGUCCACCACAGUGGAUGAAACUGAAGAGGGGCAGGUGCCUAAGAAGAAGCAGGAUCCCCGAGCUCGUGCCACCAUUGGCAGUAUUGGCCGGAAGAUCCACCAGCGCCACCUGCAGGUGAUCAAUGAGAAUGACGAGAACAUGGGCACCAUGCAUCGAGCUGAUGUCCUCAGACUAAUGGACGAGAAUGGGCUUAAACUGGUCCCUCUCAACGAAAACAAAGAUCCACCCGUCUACCGUCUAAUGACUGGCAAACAGAUCCACGAGGAGCAGCUCAAACUGCGUGAGAAACAGAAAGCCAAGACAGGCCCUGUGCAGGUAAAGGAGCUUACCGUUUCCUCUGACAUUGGUAACCAUGAUCUUCUAACCAAGCUGAGGCAGGUCCAGAGCUGGCUGGACAAGAAGCACCAUGUCAGAAUCACUCUGAGAACAGGGCGUGUGGAACAUACACAGCCACUGGACACAACUCUGGAGCAGAUGGUGCAACAGAUAGAGGGGCUGGUAGGAUUUGUUUCCAAACCCAAAGUAAUCCGAGACGGUAGAGCUGCCAUGUGCAUCCUGCGUCCACCCUCAGUGAAGGAACUCAGAGACAUGAACAAAGCCUUCAUGGGGGCAGGUGUAAGGGCACUGCUCUUCAUGGAAAGAGCUGAUGUUGCCCUGCAGGUUGAAAGGCGCACCCCUCCCUGGGACAGAUAAACACCGGGCGCUACUCUGCGUGGACACACUAGUGCUGCUUCAGGAACCAGGUGGGAAACACCUUGCUGCACUCAUUACACUGCAAAAGGGCUGGAGACAAUCACUUUAAAGCAACCUUCACUGAGGAACUUUGUUGUAAUUGUGCAGGUAAACAAACACAUCAAAAUGUAUUUGUCACAUGCGCCGAAUACAACCAGUGUACACAAUACCGU